AUGGCUCUGGAGCGGCCCCAGGAGGAGCUCUGCGGGAAACUUCUGAACGAACUCCCAGACGUCUCUCCGCUGCUGCAACCCGGUAUCCGCGAGCUCCGGAAGAGAACGGAAGCAGAGCAAAACCAGAACUGGCCCCUGCCCCUCACAGAUGCGUACCUACUUAGGUUUCUGCGCGCCAGAGAUUUCGACCUGGACUUGGCCUGGAAGUUAAUGAAAAACUAUCAUAAAUGGAGAGAGGAAUGUCCAGAAAUAACUGCAGAUCUCCGCCCUGGAACUAUCCUUGGCCUUUUGAAUUCUGGUUACCAUGCGGUUCUGAAAUCCAGAGACCCAACUGGAAGCAGGGUUCUUAUUUAUAGAAUUGCACAAUGGGACCCAAAGCUUUUCACAGCUUAUGAUGUCUUUCGAGUAAGUCUUAUCACAUCAGAGCUCAUUGUUAGGGAAGUAGACACACAACGGAAUGGAGUCAAAGCUAUCUUUGAUCUGGAAGGAUGGCAAUUUUCUCAUGCUUUUCAAAUCAGUCCAUCCGUUGCCAAGAAGAUUGCUGCUGUGCUAAUAGACUCUUUUCCCUUAAAAGUUCGUGGUAUCCAUUUGAUAAAUGAGCCUAUAAUCUUCCAUACUGUCUUUUCUCUGAUUAAACCUUUUCUGACUGAAAAAAUUAAGCAGCGGAUUCAUAUGCAUGGAUGUGAUUAUAAGCAAAGCUUAUCCAAGUAUUUCCCAGACAUUCUGCCUCUGGAGUAUGGUGGGGAGAUGUGUUCCAUCAUGGACCUUUGCCAAGAGUGGAGAGAUUUUAUAAUGAAGUCUGAAGAUUAUCUCCUUAGUAUCUCUCAGGGUAUCCAGUAA